AUGUUCGGUCGCAUCGGAGGCCAGGCGCUUCGCUGCGCUGCUCGUCGCCCAGUCGCACGCAGGAAACUAUGUGACCGCCGCUUCUCCGCACACAGUGGUGCCAAUACUACUGCUGCGUCUGCUCCAUCGCCGCUCGGAGGAAUCACCGUUGAACUGGAUCGCAUAGCACCGCGAUUCGAGAUUCCAGCUUCUCGGAUCACGAUCUUGGACUCUCCAGCCAAUUUCUAUUCGACAUUGAAGAAUAAAAUCCGCAAUGCCAAGCGUCGCGUUUACCUUUCUACACUUUACAUCGGCAAGACCGAGUACGAGCUCAUCGAGACGAUAUCCCAGGCUUUGCGCGACAACCCAAACCUCAAAGUAUCUAUCCUUACCGAUGCCCUUCGCGGAACCCGAGAAACCCCUAAUCCUUCAUGCGCCUCGCUUCUUUGUUCGUUGGUCUCAGAACAUGGGCCGGAGCGAGUUGAAAUUCGGAUGUUCCAUACACCCAACUUGACCGGUCUGAAGAAGAAAUGGAUUCCUCGUCGCAUAAACGAGGGCUGGGGCUUACAGCAUAUGAAGCUGUACGGGGUUGACGAUGAGAUCAUCAUCUCGGGCGCAAACCUUUCCCAGGACUACUUCACCAAUCGGCUGGACCGGUAUCAUGUCUUCGACUCCAAAGCUCUAACAGACUACUAUGCUCGUAUCCAUCAUGCGGUCUGCAGCUUGAGUUUCCAGGUCCUGCCAGAUCCCCACAACCACUCGGGGUACCUUUUGGACUGGCCUACCUCUAACGGUGCUCCGUCGCCUCUGGACAGCCCCCAGGAUUUCAUUGGAUACGCCUCCACUGUGCUCAACCCGCUCAUACAAGCAUCCAACAGCAAGCCAGCUCUUUCCUCUUCAUCUUCAAGCCAAACUUUCGUAUACCCCGUGGCCCAGCUUACACCCCUCCUGAAACCGGACACUUCCACCGAAUUUCCAGCGGUAUCAGGGAUUUUGCGUCUCUUGUCUGAAGUACCAGUAUUCGCAGGAUCUCGCUGGCUCUUCACUGCCGGGUACUUCAACAUUCACCCUGUUCUCUCCUCCCUCCUGAUCUCCAGUACAUCUGCCGCCUCUGAAAAGGCUUCCACCACACAGGGCACAGUCCUAACGGCUUCCCCCUGGGCCAAUGGAUUCUAUGGCUCUCCAGGUGUGUCUGGCAUGCUGCCAGCUGCAUACACGCAUCUCUCGGCGCGCUUUCUCGACCGCGUUGCUGCUGCUCAAGCUACGAACUCCAUUCAGCUUAAAGAAUGGCGCCGCGGCACCGUUGGAACACCGGAUGGAUGGACGUAUCACGCCAAGGGUCUCUGGGUCACUCUACCACGCGAGGAACAUCCCAGCCUUACCUUUGUCGGUAGCAGUAACUACACCAAGCGGAGCUACAGCCUCGAUAUCGAAGUGGGCGCACUGGUCGUGACAAAUGACCAAGACUUGAAACAGAAGCUUGGUGACGAAACCGAAUGGCUUCAGAAGGACUCCAAAGCAAUCUCCAGGGAGGAUUUGAUGCGCACGGAGAGACGCGUUGGGUGGAAUGUACGGCUCGCAAUGUGGAUUGUAGAGAAGGUAGGGGGGCUUUGUGAUAUUUACCAUGUAAUUGUGUAUAUACGGGCCUUUAGUCCCGGGAUUUCUACCCGCUUGUACUUAUAA